UGGCCAUUAUCCCUAUUUACAACAACACUGGAAUAAGCAACAAAACAAGGUCGAAAUUGGAAAAAGAAAAUGUGGGAACCCUUCUUGGUUUUACAAGUUCCUACGCCUUCACACACUGCUUCUGCUUCUGCCAAGUUCAAAUUGCAACUUUCAAAACCAAGAAACUAUGUAAUAACAAGUUCAGCUCCAGUAAGAAUUGGUGCAUGUGCUGCUACUAAAACUAAUAGAUGGUCCCUUAAUGGAAUGAAUGCCCUUGUCACUGGUGGCACUAGAGGUUCUUUUAAGCGUAGAGAGAUGCUUCGAGAUGAUCAAGCUGAAAAAUUAGAGGAAUUACUACUGCCUGGUGAAGUUCAUACAGGAAGUGGACUAAAUCAAGAACAUGGACUUCAAAGGUAUGCAAUUAUGGAUGAAUUAUGUGGGCUAGGAGCCACUGUGCAUACGUGUGCCCGGAAUAAAGAUGAGCUUGGGACAUGUUUGAGGGGCUGGAAAGAUGAGGGCUUUGCAGUGUCUGGUUCUUUGUGUGAUGUGUCUUCUCAAGUUGAUCGCCAGAGGUUAAUGGAGGUUGUUUCGAGUACAUUCAAUGGGAAGCUCAAUAUUCUUAUAAACAACGUGGGGACCAAUAUUCGCAAAGCUAUGGUGGAUUUUACAGCCGAAGAGUUUUCCACCCUCAUGGCAACAAAUUUUGAAUCUGGUUUUCAUCUGUGUCAGCUGGCCUAUCCCCUUCUGAAAGCAUCUGGGGCUGGAAGUGUUGUGUUCACUUCUUCUGUCUCAGGUUUUGUCUCAUUGAAAUCUAUGUCUGUACAUGGAGCAACAAAAGGAGCAAUUAAUCAACUUACAAAAUAUUUGGCAUGUGAGUGGGCUAAAGACAACAUCAGGUGUAAUGCUGUUGCACCUUGGUACAUAAAAACAUCCAUGGUGGAGCAAUUACUGAAUUUCGGAAUCCAUCAGGGUUUCCCUGAUUUCAGCUAUCUGUGGUAUCAGAGCCAUUGAUUCUCGGCAACAAUGGCGAAGGAAGGUCGUGCAAAUGGUGAUUCGGGGAGUGAUUCAACAGUGGAUGGAGGUGAUUUAAAGGAAUUGAUGUAGAAAUUGGAAUUCUCAACUCUGAAGUGGCUAAUUUGAAGCAAUUGGAUUGAAUAGUUACGGAAUUGAAGGAGCAAAUGGUGACGAAUCGCAGGGGUAGUUCACCUGUUGAGGUCGGACUCGGAACUUCGAGGGAAAGACAACCAUGGGAGGAGGAAUUUAGGGAUUCCAAUCCAAUGGGAUUUCAGAAACAGGGCAUCUCCAGAUAUUCUAAACUGGAUUUCCCAAAGUUUUCAGGGGAUGAUGUGAAGUCAUGGUUGUUUAAGGUUGAACAACAACUUUUCAGUUUUGAUGAAGUUCCAAUGGAGAAAAGAAUUGGUUUAACUACCGUGCACCUGGACGGUGAAGUAAUACAAUGGCAUCAGUCUUUUUGAGGUACAGGCAAUACACUUCCCCUCGUACUUGGAAUGAAUACGUAGUAGCACUGGUGGAAAGAUUUGGGUUGGAUUUUGAUGAUCCAAUGGAGGAAAUUAAAGAAAUUAAGCAAACGGGAUCUGUAAGAGAGUACCAUGCUUUGUUUGAAAGUAUGUUAACCAGAGUCAAGUUGUCCCAAGAAAAUGCAAUCAGCUGCUUCCUUGGAGGGCUUAAGAAAGAGGUAAACAUGUUGUAAAAUUGACUCAUCCCACUUCUUUACCCCAAUUGUGUAGAUCUGCUAGGAUGCAAGAAGCAUACAUGAGGCUCAAGCUAAACUGUACGAGCAUACAACAACUAGUUUUAGCUCAUCCUAUAGGAAGUUCAAUGAUCAGAGGUGUCAAUCUAAGACAUUCUUGAGAAUCAUGGUUCUGAAAGAACUGAGGGAAAGGCUGAGUUUAGAUGAGAUCAAUGAGAAGAGAUCUAAAGGCUUAUGUUAUUUUUGCAAUGAAAAAUAUGUCCCAGGUCAUAAGUGCAAAAACUUCAAACAAUUAUAUCUUCUUGAGGUUAAAGAAGUAGAAGAUGGGCAAGACUAUGCAGAAGAUGAGAAUCAUAAAGAGAAAGAUGACGCAAUACUUCCACAGAUGGAGCAAAUGGAGAUUUCCAUUCAUGCACUUAAUGGUUCUUUAGGCUUUAGAACAUUGAGGGUAACCGGAUAUCAUGCAAAAAGGCCCUUACAUAUUUUAGUGGAUACUGGGAGUUCUCACAACUUCAUUGAUCCUGAAGUUGUGAAGCUGUUAGGCUGUACCAUCAAGACAACUGCACCACAAAUGGUAGCAACAACUAAUGGAAAUGGAAUGAAGGUGGACAAGGUUUGUCAGAUCUCGUGGUUGUAACAAGGGGCACUGCUGAGUUUUUGUUAUUACCCUUGGGGUCUUGUGGUGUAGAAUUGGGGGUUCAAUGGCUUCUAACACUAGGGGGCAUCAAGAUGAAUUUCAGAAAAUUGAUAAUGGAGUUCAUGUACAAAGGCAAAAAGCAUGUUCUGAGGGGAUCAGGCAAGCAGUUGGAAGCUUUAAGUGGUGGAUCACAACUCUUCAUGAUUCAGGUGAUACCAGCAAUGUGUUAUACGUUAAAAUGUGCUACAGUAAAUCCAAAGAAAAUGUCACAGAACAACCUAAGCUAAUAGAGUUAUUACUUUAAGAAGUUGUUUGAUGAACCUACUACACUACCACCUCUUAGGGGUGUAUUUGACCACAUAAUUGUCUUACACUCUGCUACUGAACCUGUGAAUAAAAGGUUUUAUAGAUAUCCAUCUGUCAAGAAAGAUAUAAUUGAGGGGUUAGUACAACAGAUGCUAGAUCAGGUGAUAGUGCAACCUAGUUGCAGUCCCUUUGCUUCUUCUGUGGUCUUAGUUAGACUACAACACUAUGAAAAACAAAUUUCGAUGAGCUAGGAGGUUCCAAAAUAUUUUCCAAGAUUGAUCUAAGAUGUGGAUAUCAUCAACUAAGAAUGACACUUGAAGAUGUUCCAAAGACUACAUUUAGGACUCACUCUAGGCAUUUUGAAUACUUAGUGAUGCCAUUUGGAUUGUCCAAUGCACCAACAACCUUUCAAGGACUUAUGAAUACAGUGUUUAAAACUUUUCUCAGGAAAUUUGUGUUAGUAUUCUUUGAUGACAUCCUGAUAUAUAACAAGAGUUUUGAUGAUCACAUAGCCCACUUAAGAGCUGUUUUUCUUACAAUGUAGCAACAUCAGUUGUUUGCUAAACAGUCUAAGUGUUUCUUUGGUGUUAAAAGAUUGAAUACUUAGGCUAUUUUAUCUCAGAAGAGGGGAGGGGGUAUCUACUGAUCCUUUAAAGGUUGCAACAGUUAGAAACUGGCUUUACCUACUAAUCUCAAGCAACUAAGGGGUUUCCUUGGUUAAGCAGGAUAUUACAGGACAUUUGUUCAAGGUUUUGGUAUUAUUAGCAGACCAUUAAAUGAUCUAUUAAAGAAAGAUUACUUCAAGUGGUCAUUAGAAGCUACUUCAGCUAUGUAACAACUCAAGGAUGCACUCACUCAUGCCCCUAUUUUAGCUUUACCGAAUGCAGGCAAGACCUUUGUUGUGGAGGCUGAUGCUAGUGGAUCUGGAAUUGUUGUGUUGAUGCAACAAGGUCACCCCAUAGCCUUUAUCAGUAGGUCUCUUUCCCCUAGGCAUGCUGCAAUGUUUGUCUAUGAUAGAAACUCUUAGCCAUUGUUUAUGCAGUAAUCAAAUGGUCUCAGUAUUUGUUACAGAUUAGAAAGCUCUAAAGUAUUUUAUAGAGCAGACAUUACACACAAACUCGCAGUGGUUGACUAAGCUGAUGCCUUUUGAUUACAGUAUUGAAUAUAAGAAGGGGGUUGACAAUAAAGCAGCUGAUGCAUUAUCAAGAGUCACUGGUGCUGAAUUGUUGACACUGGUUAUUACUAAUACCAAUUCUAACUUGUUGCAAGCUAUUACUCAAUGUUGGGGCUACUGAUACUAAGGUGUAGGCUAUUAUCUCUAAAUUGCAGGCUGAUCUUACUACUAAGACUCAGUUCUCUUGGAAUCACAACCAACUUGGAGGAAAGGGUAAGUUGGUGGUAGGAAAUGUUCCUCAAUUGAGGAAAAAUAUCAUAACUUUGUGGCAUUCUACUGUCAGUGGGGGUCAUUCAAGUGUAGAGGCUACCUUGAAGAGAUUGCUUACACUAUUCUAUUGGAAGGGUAUCAAAAUGAUGUCAAGAAGUUUGUGUUGACAUGUGAUGUUUGUCAAAGGAGUAAAGCUGAUCUUGCAGCUUCACUUGAUUUAUUACAACCUUCACCUAUUCUUGAGGUAGUAUGGUCUCAACUCAGCAUGGAUUUCAUUGAUGGACUUCCUAAAUCAAAUGGUUAUGCGGUUAUUCUGGUAGUAGUUGAUAGACUAAGCAAGUAUGCCCACUUUAUUCCUCUUAAACACCCAUACACUUAAACACCCAUACACUGCUCAAUCUGUGGCUAAACCUUUCCUUAAGGAGGUAAUAAAAUUGCAUGGUUUUCCUGACAACAUAACUAGUGACAAAGAUGAUUUCGUAGUACAUUUUGGCAGGAACUCUUUUCUUUACAAGGAGCUCAACUUAACACUUCCUCAGCUUACCAUCCUCAAUCUGAUGGACAAACUGAGGUAGUAAACAGGUGUUUGGAAACAUAUUUGAGGUGUUUUUGUGUUGUUGAUGCAACUAAUUGGGCUGAAUAUUUGCCCAUGGCUGGGUAUUUGUAUAAUACCUCUCAUCAUAGCUCUAUUCAGACCACACCCUAUGAAGCACUAUAUGGAAGGCCUCCACCUCUUCAACAACAACAACAAACCCAGUGUAUUCCCACCUAGUGGGGUCUGGGGGGGUAAGAUGUACGCAGUCCAUAC